GACUCCUCCCCCUCUCUCAGUUUUAUAAGACAGUCAGCCUAUAGAAGAACCCAAGCAGUUCUUGAUUUUUCUUCUCCACGUUUGUGGCUCUAUGUCCUCGGGAGCGACUGCAGAAAUGGAACUGGAACUGAACGACUUGCUGCAAGAGUUCCAGGAUGUGGUGGAGGAACUGCAGGCCCCCCCUCAAAGAAGCCUGCAUGCUUACCAACACGUGCUGAUGGAGGCCAAGAGUCGCACUGCGUUCGGAGAUGACAGCGGGGUGGAAGACUCAGAUUACAGCAGUGAAGCAUCUUUGGGAAAUAGUUUGAACACCAGCGAGGAGGAGCUCCACACAGCGGGUUUAAUGCUGCCACCAAAAGCCAAGCUUGGAGACACGAGGGAGCUAGAGAGCUUUAUUGAAGUGUUGGACCGGGAACUUGCUGAGAUGUGAAGAGCCCCCGUCGAGGGUGGGGGGGGGGGGAGAAAACUCGCCGGAGGAGAGGCGACGGGACCGACUGCCGCCGGAGCAGACGGACGGCUCUACACCAAAGCCCAUUGGAGGGAGAAACUGCUCCCUUCGCCGCUUCAGGCAUGAAGGUUAAGAUCAGAAUUAGGGGUUUCAUUUGUGGAAAAAAAAAAAUCAAAAUAAAAUAAUUUUAAAAAAGGGCACAAGACCCCCUGAUGAUACCGCGUCCUUGUCCACAAGAAGCUAAGCCUUCAGCAUCAUCUUCAAGAUGUGUGACAUAUUCCCAAAUCUAGAUAAAACCUCCAUCUGUCUGAAAGAAGAAUGCCUCCAGUGCCGAGAAUAUGUUUGAAAUUCCCAUAAGCGCUAAACCAGGAAAUAGCAUCAAUUCCUUUUGCAUGCUUUUUAAGGCGGCUUUGUGUAGUAAAAACUAUGCAGCACUUUAGUUUAAUAUCAAAAAUAUCAUUUAUGUCAUGUUUUCACUGUACAGUUCUUCUUUAUGUUCUUUUUAUUGCAAAUGUCAUGCAGGUGAAUGAAUGCAUGUGAUGUAGAAAUAAAACUGUUUUGACUUUU